CCUCCUGAGCGACAGUGUGCGGAUUUCUGUUUUCCAUUGAUAUAUUUAGCAAAAAAAAUGUAUUUUCAGGAGCAUAGCAUUAAUUUUCAGGAACUUGCUCAAAUGUAGACUUAUGUUUACAAAAGCGUUCAACGAAACGUCAUCACAUAAUGAUAUGCUCUCCACCAAUCAAACGUUUACGUCGUGUGAACACGAAGUGUCACCAGAACAAGGAAUGAAGCUGUGAAGGGAAGGUGUACUACAGAGUUGAUGUCACAGCCUCUCGGACCAGGACCAUCAUGACAAGACACAUCUCUGUUUCUGACAGAAAAUAGAAGAGGCUUUGAGGGUUAUGUGCCACUCAUAUUACUGAGCGAUACCAUAUCUGGACAUUAUGGAGCUUGUAGUGGCCAAGGUCCUUUGCCUUCUGGGAGUGUUUACCCUCAUGUUGGCUGGGAUUCUUCUCCCAGUGCGACUCAUGAUUCAGGUGGACUAUGAAAAAGCCCCAAGGUACAGGAAGGCUCUUGCACUCUGCAAUUCUUUUGGAGGUGGUGUAUUUCUGGCCACUUGCUUCAAUGCUCUUUUGCCUGCCGUACGAGACAAGGUGGAUGAGGUCCUUAAACUGGUGAAUAUCACCACAGACUACCCACUGGCAGAGACUAUGAUGAUGCUGGGCUUCUUCCUCACAGUCUUUGUGGAGCAGGCAGUGCUCACCUUCAAGAAGGAGAAGCCAUCUUUCAUUGACCUGGAAACUUUCAACGCAAGGGGCUCAGAGGCUGGUAGCGACUCUGAGUACGACGCUCCAUUCAUCUCCCCCACCCGGGGCUCCACCACCACCAUGGGCCGCCACCACCACCAUGGGCAUCACCAUGGACACCUCAGCCCCACCGAGCUGGCCAGAGCUGGGCCUCUACGGCUGGCCAGCCUGGUCCUGGCUCUCUCUGCCCAUUCUGUCUUUGAGGGACUGGCGCUGGGCCUCCAGGAGGACGGGGCCAAGCUUGGAAGCCUCUUCCUGGGGGUGGUCAUCCACGAGACCCUGGCUGCCGUGGCUCUGGGGGUGAGUGUUGCCAAAGCUUCUUUGCCCAUGAGGGAUGCCAUCAAACUGGGUGUGACGGUCAGCCUCAUGAUACCCAUUGGCAUCGGACUGGGCAUGUGCAUCAAUAGUGCCCAGAACCUGGCAGGCAGUAUUGCAUCGGUGGUGCUCCAAGGCCUGGCUGCUGGUACUUUCCUCUUUGUCACCUUCUUUGAGAUCCUGUCUCGGGAGCUGGAAGAUAAACAUGACAGACUGCUUAAGGUGCUCUUUCUCAUACUGGGAUAUGGAGUUCUAGCAGGCCUAAUGUUCAUCAAAUGGUGAUGGAAGGAAGAAGCCUUUUAAUGCAAUCAGUUGUCUGAUAUCACACUGACCACAAUUUGUAUUGUGUGCACAUAGGCACUACCAAAGUAAAUGUUUUUUAUUUGGUAAAUCAAGUAUCGUAGUUUUUCUUUGCACUGGAACAUGUUUGCUUACCAAGUCAGGCUAUGUUGCUGUGUUAGUUUCUGCCAUAGGGAAUACAUGCUCCUGACAUUGAUUAGUAAUGGGAAAGCUAGUCACUUUGAUAGUAUAUGUUUCCAGAGACCGGAUGAAAACGGAUGUCGAGAGAUCCAGAAAACAAAUUUAUAGCAUUUAUAGUAAAAGACUCAUUUUGGUAGUGAAGUGAAUGACUUGUAACAUAAAGGAAAACUUUAUUGAAGAAAAUGUGCUACGUGCAGUGAUCUGUAACUGAUAUUAACAUAUUGAUGUUUGUGGUUGAAGGAUAUAAUGGUGGUUAGUAUGAAGUGGUUCAUAUUGUCUCCUGUCUGGUCUAUGUACCUGCUGUUUCCAUGAUCAGUAAGCUAUGUGUUAAAAUAUGUGCGUAUUUCAAUGUACCAUUGUCAAAUGUAAACAGUUUUGAUUUGUUUUUGUCUGUUGGGGUAAGUGUUUCCUAGAAUGAAUAGCCCAAUAAGGAGUUGAGAAAAAAUGUGUGCAUAUCGUUCAUUGAAUUCAAGUCAGAAUAGCUUCCUAAUUGUGUAAUUUUAGUUGGAUACUUUAGCCUUUUUACAAUUUAUUACCCUAACUCCCUAAUCAAAUAAGAAUCAAUUCACUGGAAACCGUUUGUGUAGCCUGGUGCAUGGUCCUGAUAUUUGUCACUUUGAGAUUAUAUCAAUGGUUUCCUUUUCAAAAGUCUUAAAACAAAAGGAAACUUUCAUUAUUGUGAAAAUAGUUUUAAUGCAAAAAAUAUAUAUUCAGUGGCAACCAGCUUUCCUUUAUAUAAUGAACAGUGAAAUGCAAAUAAGUUAUGACUUCUUUACAACAUGGGGUUGGUGAAGGUUAAAUUCUUUAUUUAUAUUAGAUAAUAGCAGCCCUUCAAUGAAAACUGUUUGCAAUGUUGUGACAAAUGUUUAACUCAAACUAUUUUUAUAUAUAUACCGUGUAUUACAUGUUUUGGCGGUGAGGUUUUCUAUUUUAAUUUGAUUGAAUUGAGCAUUAAAGAAGUCCAGCCAUGGUGUGA